ACCCAUCAUCACUACGUACAACAGUCACAUGACACGGAAGUGCUGCUGACGGUUCACUGGUACUUCUGUAUAUUAUAAAGCGCAGAUUGUAUUAAUCUGUGUUGUAAAAUUUGUAUUAGAAGGUGAUGAUGUCAUCUGGUCCUGUGAGUUUAUUUGGAGGUGCAGUGCCUGCAGAUGUGGAGCUGCUCUCCAAACACCUAAAGGAUCUAGACAGAGACACUUUCAAACAAAUACUCGUAGCUGUGGUGAACGCUGUUGAUGGUCAGGACAGCAGUGAGUCUAUGAGGCUGAUUGCAGAGAGUGGCUUAAUCUCAGAUGAGAUCUUUAACCAUGCUGUGGCCGGAUUAUAUGCCGUGAUAAAAGAAGCUCUGCGUUUGCCUUCAUUAAGACAAGAGGUUUUCAGUGAGGAUCUCAGAGCACUUAGAGUUACUGAAGAAUUCAUUGCAGAUGUGUCUAGUGUUGUCUUUGGAAACAGGCAAACCUCAAUGAAAGUUAGUCCUGCACUUCAGGGACCAAGUUUGCCAAAGAUUGAGGAGUUCAGGUGGAGAGUUGAUGUUGCCAUUUCAACAAGUUCGCUGUCUCGAGCUUUGCAGCCCUCCGUUCUCAUGCAGAUGAAACUGUCAGAUGGGUGUCUGCAUCGCUUUGAGGUUCCAGUUGCCAAAUUCCAGGACCUUCGGUAUAAUGUUUCUUUAAUUUUAAAGGAAAUGAACGAUUUAGAGAAAAGAAAUAUUCUAAAAAUACAAGACUAAUAAAUGAUUGUCUGCU